UUCUCCUCUUCUCUUCUCCCCUGUUUCUUAGUUUCAUUACAAUUUUGCAAAAUGGCUGUGGAUCCCAACAACAAGCAUCCAUCUUUCUCCAAUCUUCUUGAACAAGGCUUCAUCGAUAAAAUACGAAUGCCGGCUGCUUUUGUCAAAGAACACAAGAAGAUGUUGGCCAAGACAGCCUUACUGAAAACGGAUGAAGGGCUAUAUUGGGAAGCCAAGAUAGUGAAGGUGGCAUCUGAUUAUUUCGUAUGUGAAGGAGAUUGGCCACGGUUUGUGUUGCAUCACAAGUUGAAUGUAGGAGACAUGCUGAUCUUCUUUCUCCUAGACAAGUCCACCUUCCAAGUCCUUCGCUACUCAAAGAAACCUCUUGCCAACAUUCGACAGUUUGAGGAGCAUAGCAGUUCUGAGGAUGAGAUAGAAAAUGUUGAAGAGAACAAUGAAGCUUCAAGAAAAUUGAAGAAAGUUAAAAUGGAGGCAGUGCAGUUAUCAGGAAAAAGGGUUGAUCCACCAGGUGGCUCUAAAGAUGGGGGAAAUCCAUGCUAUUCAAAUUUAGGUAACCUUGACCUCUUUCUAGUUUAUACAUUUGGUAAAUCUGAUGCCAAAGCUCCCGAGACUAACAAAGUGAAUGAAGUAAAAAUGGAGCCGGUAAUUCUAUCAGAUUCUGAAGAAGAGAGGGUGGAUCCAUCCCGUGGCUCCAAAGAUGGGGGAAAUCCAUGUUAUUCACAUCCAGGAGGUAAAUCCCAUGCCAAAGAUGAUAACAUGCUUGGCCUGACGAAGAAAACUCCAGAGACUAAAGAAGCGAAGAGAGUCUUUAUGGAGCUAAUAGUAUUAUCAGAUUCUGAGGAAGAAAACGUUCACCCACCCCGUGGCUCCAAAAAUUGGGGAAAUCUAUGCUAUUUACAUCCAGGUAACAUCGAGCCCUUUAUACAUUUGGUAUAUUUAAUUGUUUUCAGUAUAGCUAUGGAUGCACAAGAUCGAUGA